GUGCCAUAUUAGUUAACAACCUGAAAAUCAUCUUCAUAGAAAUCCCGUCCUCCCAAACCCCACCUCAAUUGCACUCAACCCACCCUCACAAUCCCCAAAACGCAGAUACUAACAGCUCACCAACAAUGGCCGACUCAACAACCACCCAGGCGCAAUCCCCCAAACCCCGCCGCGUAGCCCAAAUCGUAUACCUCCGCCCGGAAUGCAUAGACGAAUACAGAAAAUGCCACGCCGCCGUUUGGCCCGCCGUCCUCGAGCAGAUCCGCGACUCCAACAUCGUUGACUAUUCAAUCAACCUCAUAACCAAACCCCGCCUCACGCUCUACGCGACCUUCAAGUACGUCGGCAGCGAUUGGGACGCCGACAUGGCGCGCAUGGCGGCCAACGAGACGGUGCAAGAGUGGUGGCGGAUGACAGACAAGAUGCAGGAGUCGCCUAACGAGGGCGCAAAGGGGAGCUUAGCGGGCAACACGGGGGAUGGGGCUGGGUGGUGGGCGGGGGGUGAGGAGGUGUUUUACUUUGAGGGAUGA